AUGUCGGCUCUUCCUAUCAAUGUAAAGCAAAAUUCGCCAAGCGUCGGAUUGUUCACCCGCCUAAAAGAACGUGAGCUGGGUUUAGACCGUCAUAAGACAGGCAAUUGCCUCCCGGGUAAAAACGCGACUCUGUGGCGCAACCACUUAUUUUCUAUAUCCGCGAACGGAGAGGAAUCGUCCAAAUUGUUGGUAGUAUUGAUCCCUCCCGCUCCCUUAUCGUACGACAGAUUAAAUCCUUAUCAUUCUUCGUAUCACGCCGACAGCACAGGCACGUUGGUUGCUCCGUGUCCGACUGCCUCGCGUGGAUCCGACUGUUGCAACUUGGAUCUCGGAUCGGUCUCCCGAUCACAUAUCGCGUACUUGGUGUUCGCGUUGACCCGCCUCGCCCGUUUGUCAGCCUUGUGCGUCUCACUGAUCGCCCCCGUAAUAAUCCUUGGCCGACCGUUUCGCUCUCCGAUACGUCUGCGUAAAUGUUUUGAAACCCUUCGUGGUGAAGAUAUGACUAUUACUCGUUUACAAGUAAAGCGAUUGUAUAAAGAACUUUUGAAGUAUGGCUGUAGUUUAAAACUUACCGACAAAAAUUAUUAUAAAAGUCGAAUAAAACAAGAAUUUUUGGAUAAUAAAGAAUUAGUUAAACCCGAUGAGAUUCAAUUUUUCUACGAUAAAGGGCAAGAAUUAUUAAAAAGAAAAUCAAUCAUUUAAAGUAUAUAUUUUCAUUACACUCAUGUUUUCGUUACUGUGCAGAUCAUUACC